AAGAGAUGGAAACCUCUGUUUAUGGAGUUCUGUUCUUGUUUUUUCUACAAUCAUACCUUCAUGUCUCCGGCGCCGCCGGCGCCGGUAGUACCAGUCUAUCCUAUGACUUCUACAAAGAAACAUGUCCAAAUUUAGAAAAUCAUAUAAUGAAUGGUCUUACUCAAUUCAUUACUUCUGAUAUCAUCACUACUCCCUCUGCUCUCCUCCGCCUCUUCUUUCAUGACUGUCAAGUUCAGGGUUGUGAUGCAUCAAUUCUAGUGGAUUCAGGUGGGGAAGAAUCAGAGAUAAGAUCAGAUAAAAAUUUUGCUAUAAGAAAGAGAGAGGUAAUUGGUAUGUUGAAAAAGAUUAUGGAAAAAGAAUGUCCACGACAGGUUUCCUGCGCCGACAUUCUUGUUUUGUCGGCUAGAGAUGCUGUAUGGCUGGCGGGAGGACCGUUUAUAAGUGUACCGUUGGGAAGGAGAGAUUCAACUUCACCUCCUUCUAAACAUCUUGCUGAUGUAGAACUUCCUUCUGCUGAUAUUGGAGUUAAUCAAAUGCUUCCACUUUUCAUUAACAAAGGCUUAUCCGUUGCUGAAUCCGUUGCCAUCAUGGGUGGUCAUUCAUUGGGAGUGAGUCAUUGUAAAAACAUAUUGAGCCGACUAACAAAUCCAAGUAGAGGUGUGGUCUCAUCAGGGUUCCAAGCAUUUUUAGCUCUGAGUUGUUCUGGUGCAUUGAAUCCAAAUACUACCUUUAUUAUCAACGACCAAUCACCUAUAAGGUUCGACCAGGGAUACUACAAAGAUAUCAAAUCUGGCCGAGGUGUUUUAAGAGUCGACACUGAGUUGCCAUCCGACCCGCGAACUGCCCCCUUUGUAGACAAAUUUGCAGCCGAUAAAAAUGAAUUCAAUCGGGUUUUCUCAUCUGCCUUUGUUAAGGUUUCUACUUGGGGUGUUUUGACGGGGCAACAAGGGAGUAUUAGAGAGUAUUGUCACGUUAAUAAUUAAUUAAUUGUUCAUUUUUAUUACUAAAGUUUAAAUACUUGUAA